CACAAAAUAAACCCUGGUCCUCGUCAGGUUUUAAGGAUACAUGUGUGUGUACACAAAAUAAUAGAGCACUCAAAGCUUGUUCGUACUUUUUUUUUUUACACAACACGCUAAUAAUUUUUAUACCUUUAGGACGUGAAGGGGAAAAUAAAAGAGUAAAAUUAUUGUGGUCCAACAACUUAAGCACCUAAGAUCCUUCCCCACUAUUGUUUUGGGGGUCCUUUAUUUCUCUUCCUCUUCUUGUUCCAUCUUUCAUGUGAGAUAGAGAGAGAGAGUGUGUGUUGAAUUUUGCAAAUGAGUAUGAGAAGAAGCAAGGCGGAAGGGAAGAGGAGUUUAAGAGAAUUGAGUGAGGAUGAGGAAGAAGAAGAAGGAGAAGAAGAAGAAACAGAAGAUGAAGAUACUUUUGAAGAAGAAGAGGCUUUGGAGAAGAAGCAGAAAGGUAAAGUUGCGAGUAGUAGUGGAGUUUGUCAGGUCCAGAGUUGUACCGCGGAUGUGAGCAAAGCCAAACAGUACCACAAACGACACAAAGUCUGCGAGUUUCAUGCCAAAGCUCCUCUUGUUCGGAUCUCUGGACUUCACCAACGUUUCUGCCAACAAUGCAGCAGGUUUCACGAGCUCGGUGAGUUUGACGAAGCCAAGCGGAGUUGCAGGAGACGCUUAGCUGGACACAACGAGAGAAGGCGAAAAAGCACAAUUGAAUAAAGACGGUGAAAGGUGUGAGAUGCCGAUUUGAAGGUUAAUGAAACAGGCUUUGCUUACUCUCUUCUGUCAGUCUCUUUUAGCUCCUUGUCUUGUGAUCCCCUGUGUAUCUCUCUGUUUCUCCAUAAUGCCUGCAAUCAAAGCUAUAUGCUAAACCCUACGACAUAUUAAAUAAAUGCAUUGAGACUAAGUAAAAUGCUUGAAGAAAUAUGUGUAAGACUGUGUAAACUUAGGAAAUGUUAUUACAAGGCAAGAUCUUAUA